AUGAAUGCCAACGGUUUGGCAUUGUAUUUUAGACGGGCCGGGCCGGAAAAAACCCCAGGCCCGCGGCCCGGCCCGGCCCGGCCCGUGACGGGCCCGGCCCGUUUGUCAAUUUCCAUUUUUGAGGCCGGCCGGCCCUUUUGGGCCGGGCCGGCCCGGGCCGCCGACCACCCCUGCCAUCGUAAUGUAAAGCCAGCCAACUUGGCCAUUGUACAAAGUAGGUCAGAGUAGUGCAUUUUUUUGGCUUUCAAUUGUUCGGAAAGUUUGUAAGAUGGAAACGGGAAAACGAGAGAAGCUCGAGAAAACGGCCGCUUUUGUUGGAAGUUCUAUUCCAUCUGCAAAAUUCAAGAUUUCUUUGCGUAUAAAAUGGUCUCUUCGUUUCGCAGAGUGUGGGCGCAGCCUGUCUGUGUUUUUUGAUCGUGGAAUAAAAAUGAGAGAGAAUCUGAAAUCAAACACAAUUCAGAUGAGUCAACUGAGGUGGCGAUGUCCGAAUGCACCCCAUUAAGGCCACGGACGAGGUCCUUGAGUCUGCUGGGCGACAAAAAGCGAAACGUAGGUGUUCUUUCAUGGCGUCUGGGCCAUGGAUAUUGUCCAAUUCCUGUACCAAACUAUAUCUGAAUGCUUUCAAUUGCAGAAGUCAACAGUUGAUGAGGGCUGGGAGUUGGUGGAUGAUGCUGAGGUUGCCGAACAAGCAGCCAAUUUGAGUAAUUGGGAAAGGGAUGCUGGAUUCAGAACUGUAAGUAUUUAUUUUGUUAUUCUCAAUUUUUAGGGUUUAUCGAUUGACAGAAUGAUCUUUUUAUCUUGUUUAUGACUCUGUCGUUUCCAUCAUAAUGUCGUUUCAGGAAAACAUUCAUCUCUACCUCAGCGAUUUGUAUUUAAUAUCCGCGGAACGGGAAAGAUGGCGAAGGUUUACUGAGGGAAUCGACUUCCGUGAGGAUCCAGGCUCUAUUACCCACACCGAGCACGAGAAGGCGGUUCAUGAUCAUCCGUCAUCAAUUCCUAAUUGCGAAGAGCGGAGAUUUAUCCAUUCGGAUCAACCAUCAACAUCUAGUGCAACAUCAAUUGAAACUGAAGUAUUCCAACGGAAUGAACCCGAAGGGAAGUCCGAUAAAGCGAAGGAAGGAAGAGACAGGAACUCUGAUGAUGUGGUGAAAGCGUUGUUGGAUUAUUUUGAUGAGAGGAAUCGAAAAAAUAAUAGAGAUACCGAUGAGGAUCUACUAUGUAUGAUCACUCAUGAGAAUGCUCCAGUUGAGGUAAGCUAAGUUUCUUUAGUGAGAGAGACCGACUAGUCUACUUUAUAUUCUGUUUAAUUUUUUUAGCUCUUAAAAAUGGCUAAUCGUAUGCCGAUUCCUCCCGAUGAUCUCUUUUCAAACUCAUCUUCUGUUAAUCUUCGCGGUCCUAUGGCUUGGAAACCUUUGAGAAGAAAGUUUAUUUUUGACUUGGAAGAACCAAAAGAGUAAGUCAUUUUAUAGCUAUUAUUUUGCUUUUUAGUUGUCAAACCUUGCUAAAGGAACAAAAUAAUUGUUGCGGAGGAUGUGGACGGAAAAUGGAUAAGAUUUACGAAAGACGAGCUCGGAUUUGCUAUUACUAUAACAAAUUGUUUUGUCAGUGUUGUCAUCGAGGCGCGAAGUCGAGGAUUCCGGCAAGGAUUCUGCAUCAAUGGAAUUUCAAGUAAGCCUUUUGUUUUUAAAUUUAUAUUAUUUUAGGGAGUAUCCCGUCUGUGAUGUGGCAGAGAGCUUCCUGAGAGAGAACGAAUCCCUUCCAGUGUACGAUGUUUACGCGAUUGAACCUGGCCUCACGUUGAAGGUGAAGAACCUCAGAAAGGUGCGGAGAACCCGUCUUGUCAUUUCACAUCUAUGGCAAUUUAUUCAACUUUGUCCUCGAAGCACCGAUAUUGAGACCAAAAAUGGAAUGUAAGGAUUUAUUUUUGUUGUGUUAGUAAUACUUUGUUCUUGCAAUAUUAUUGAUUUCAGUCUCCGGACUAUGUUUGAGUCAAUUCCUCCAAGGUUUCGAAGAUUGGAUGAGGUCUGUGUAUACUCUUUAUUGGACUUUGAACGAAUCGAAAAUGGAAAUCUGCUCGAGAUGCUGGAGCCUCUGGAAAGAAGAGGAAUUGAGCACGUUGUUAGUUGUAAUGUAAGCCUUAUUUUGUAUUACAUUGUCUAUGUUUUUAGAUAUGUGAACAACGUGGAUUCCUCUGUCAGAUAUGUAUGCAGCCCAGCGAUAUUAUUUUCCCAUUCCAAAUUGACAAGAUAUCUCGAUGUGAAGGUUGUGGAUCACUUUCCCACAAGAAGUGUUACAAUCGGUGGAUGAAAAAAUAUUCGAUUUUGCGAUGUGGAAGAUGUGAGAGACUAAGGAAAAAGAGGUAUGUGCGAUGGAAUCAUGGUAAUGUUAUAUAGAUUUAGACUCAGCCAUCAACAAAACGAUUCUAGCAAUUCGGAUUAA